CUGAUUGAUGCUGCAUAAAACUACAGUCAAAUUUGGAGUACGUUUAUCGGUAUGCAUAGUGUUUUCAUCGGAAAAUUCAAAAUUUCUGUAAAAAUACGACAUUAAUCAGUGGAUAUCCAAUUGGAAUUUUGAUUGUUUAUUCGUGGAAAAUUGAGAAAAAAGGUGUCUUCAACAAUCGGAAAUGACUGGCACGAACGAAUCACACCAUGAAUUGGACGAGGUAUUGGGAUCACAUGAAGACCGACUCGUGAAUGAGCUCCAUAAAAUGUCAAGUUCGUUUGAGUCGUUUACUCAAGACCGGCGAUUGAUCGCCAAUUUCUUUGAUUUUAUCAAUUUUCGGUUAGUAGCAACGUGCAAGAAGAUUGAGACGGAGUAUUUUUCGCAGCGGGCUGAACGAAUAGCCGAAGACGGUGAAAAAUCGAUCAAAAAUGAAGUGAAGCAUCUAAUUAAUGGAGCUACUGAGAUUGUCAGGCACAAAACAAGGGAAAAAAACGACGAAGAAGACGAAGAAAGUGAUCAUGACUCGGAACUAUUGAAAAUUGUCGAAGACUAUGGGGAGAAUGACAUACUGAAAAAAAGUAGUGAACAUUUGAUAAACAAUGUCAGUAUUUUGGAAAAGGAUGUCACACAAUCGAUUGAUAUCAUAAAGUCGGACAUGCCAAACUCGUUCAAUUUUCCAUUGGAACUGAUCAUCAGUUCAGAAAGUGAUGACAACGACCGGGAAAAAUUACAUGACCUGACGACCAAAAAACGUGCAAAGAGAUUUAAAGGAAAAAUGACCAAAAAGCAGAAAAUUGACGACGAUAUUGUACCGAACACCACAAAUGCAGAAGGUAGUCCGAACACCACGAAUAUGGAAAUCAACGAGGAGUUGGGGUACAAGGGGUGGUUGGAGGGUGGUCGGGGGUAA